AUGGCUCCUCCUCCACGUCUGCGCAUUCUGUCCGUCGGCGGCAAUGCGAUCUCUGCCUUUCUCUCAUGGCGACUUCAGGCGACAACUUCCUGUGACGUUACGCUGGUCUGGAAAUCCGGAUUUGACGCUGUGUCUCAAUACGGUGUCUCGUUUAAAUCAAAAGCAUUCGGCAACGAACGAUUCAAACCCCGACAUGUUGUUCGUGCUCCCGAAGAAGCCUCAUCCCGUGAAAAUGCCUACGACUAUGUCAUCCUCUGCGUGAAAGCCCUGCCGGAUGUCUAUGACCUUGCCUCCGUUAUUGAAUCUGUCGUCACUCCCCAACACACCUGUAUCCUGGUGAAUACCACAAAUACCCUCGGCAUUGAAGCCCACCUUGAGCAAAGAUACCCUACCAACGUCAUCCUUUCUCUCGUCUCCAACGUGGAAAUCUCCCAAACGGGCCCUAGCGAGUUCGAACAUUUAAGCUCGAGCGAGAUUUACGUGGGCGCAACCAACAAAUCUUCCUCCAUCCCGACAUCAAUCCAGAGCGAUAUGGCAGCGGCAUUAGCAAUGACUUUGAACUCCGGUCAGGUUGACUGCAAGGUUUCGGAUAAUAUCAGACAGGAGCAGUUCGACCGAAUGAUAGGCCCGAUCGCCUUCCAUCCCGCAAGUGUCGUGUUCGAAACCCCAAACCAUACACAACUCCUCGAAAAGACCGGUGUUCGUCCACUAGUAAUGGGCAUCAUUGACGAGAUGAUGGAGCUGGCCUCUGCGCACGGUUGCUCAUUCCCCAGCGAUUUCCGGGAUAAGACGGUCCAAAGAAUGAUCGCGUUGGACUCUCCGACCACAAUGUACUCGGAUUUCCAGGGCCGACGCCCUAUGGAGGUUGAGACUUUCCUAGGGUCACCAAUCAAGUUGGCAAUCGAGUCCAAUGUCCGCAUUCCCCGAAUCGAGACAAUGUAUGCAAUGCUACAUCACGUCAAUAUCACAAACCAGAACAAGCCCCGGCAGGAGUCUCCACCUGCAUCCGUCAUGGGUCAGCCGCCUCCCCGAUUGUCUUCCGCACCUCCACAGCAGCGACCCAUGAUGAAUGGUGGCCCGCCACCUAUGCGUGGAAGCCGAACACCCUCGGGCAUGGGCAUGCCCACGCCACAGAGACGAGGCCCACCCCCUGGUAUGAUGCCAAGAGGCCCAGGCGGACCGAUGCCGAUGCCGCCUCCCAACCGAGUUCAGCGCGACCCAUCAUUGGAGGGACUCGAAGAAUUCAGCCAUUUGGUUGUCUAUGACGAACAGGGUGAACCAACUAUACCGCAUCAGAAUGGAAAUGGGUACCCCGAGCCAGCAUCUGGCCCUGCUGCCGAAUUGACAUUAAGGGAGCGAGAGCUGGCGCUUCGUCAACGACGUCGUGGACCGGUUCCCUCCCGCCCUGCUACAGCCUUUGACGAAGAAGAUGAGGAUUAUUUCGAUCCAAUGGAUAACAUGGCGAUCCCUCACAUCGACCCUGACAGUGUCGAUAUGAUGAGCAUGACUUCCCGCCGUGGACGCAAGGGCCCCAGCCACAGCCAGUUGCGUAAAAACCCCGAAUUCGGUAUAAACACUCCUCCUCUGGAGGCAGCCGCCCGUCCUCAUCAGCCUUCAACCGCUACUUUGGCAGGAAACGCACGAGCGAACGUGUGA